CGUUCAUGCAUCAACUUUUAUUAACGCGCCGCCAUUGCUGCACAACUUUCUACUUUCUACUCCAACAUGGCGACAACUUUGUACUGCAGACGUGAAGCAUGGCGGUCCCCUCCUCCCCUCCUGUUUCUCUUCUUCUGCUUCCUUCCCGCCGUUCUCUGCUUCUCACGACCCGAGUGGACGCUCCAGCGUGUUCCGGUGGUUCUCCCCCAGCAAAGCCGAGGUCGCCCCGCCCCGCACUUCCUGUCCGCUGCCCGCCUGGAGGUCACCUCGCCCUGUGACCCAGAGUGCCACAAGAGUGCGCCUCGGCCCAGCUACUGGGACAUGCGGCGACUCCUGGCCUACGAGACUCUCCAUUCCGACGGUCGGCUGACCGAGACCGCCGUAGGGAUCUACGGUUACCACCCGGACUCCGACACGAGUCCCGCUUACUCGGAGCGGUCGCGCGUCCGGCGAAAGCGUCAGAUCUUUGGUCACGACGGACGCUUCAGCAUCGCCGGGCAGGACUUUGUUUUGAAGUAUCCUUUUUCGGUGGCGGUCAAACUGUCCACCGGAUGCUCCGGGACCUUGGUCGGGGACCGCCACGUCCUGACGGCGGCUCAUUGCGUCCAUGACGGUAAAAACUACGUGAAAGGCGCCCAGAGGCUCCGAGUGGGCUUCCUGAGACCCAAACAAGGAGAUAGGCGGACCCUGUCCAACUUGACCAAUCACGUGGAGGGCGGUGCCCGCUCGGUCUCGGACCAAGUGAAGUUCCAGUGGAUCCGAGCCAAGAGGACCCACGUGCCCAAAGGGUGGAUCCGAGGCGACGCCAACGACAUCGGCAUGGAUUACGACUACGCUCUCCUGGAACUCAAGAAGGCCCACAAGCGGCGCCACAUGAAGCUCGGGGUCAGCCCCCCGGCUCAGAGGUUGCCGGGGCGACGGGUCCAUUUCUCGGGUUUCGACAACGACCGCCCGGGUCGGCUGGUGUACCGCUUCUGUCGGGCCGGCGAGGAGACGCCGGACCUUCUGUACCAGCACUGCGACGCCCAGCCCGGCGCCAGCGGCUCGGGCGUCUACGCCCGCAUGUGGGACGGGCGGCGGCGGCGCUGGCAGAGGAAGGUGAUCGGCGUCUUUUCCGGCCACCAGUGGGUGGAGCGUCAAGGGGCGUCUCAGGAAUAUAACGUCGCCGUCAGAAUGACGCCGCUCAAAUACGCUCAGAUUUGUUAUUGGAUCAGAGGGAACUUUGUGGACUGUCGAGAAGGUUGAACAAAUGUUAUUAUUAUUAUUAUUAUUAUUAUUAUUAUUAUUGUUAUUACUGCACUGGAGAUUACUGUGUAACUUGUAAUCAGUUACUUCUGACAUCAAACACAGGCAAGGUGCAAACUAUCAGGCCACUUAAGGACUCAAGCAGGGGUCCCCAAACUAUGGCCAGCAGGCCGGCCCCAAGAAAUAUAUUAUUAUUAUUAUUAUUAUUAAUAUUAUUAUGAAUAAUAAUAUUAAUAAUCUGUCCUGUCCAGCCACUCAGACAAAUCCUAUUGUUGACGUAGAUGAUCUAUAUUUGCUCUACAGAUUUCUUUACAAAAGACAAGUGUAAAAUAUCUAUGUGAAAAAAU